AUGUUGAUUGGGCUUUCUACUAAAUAUUCUAGAGAAGAAAAUAGCCAAAGUAACCUGUAUAUUCUUUUAUUUAAAGUAAGCACAAUAGAGCAAAAUGAUAGGAAUUGUUGCUAUCAAAAUCUUAGUGCUACUUUUGAUGCUUAUAAUUACCUUUGUUGCAUCAAUGUUGCCACUGGUGUUUGUGAGACGCAUCAGACACACCACCAAUGCAACUGAGAGGCUCAAAUAUCAAGCUGUGCUGAGCCUCCUGUCCUGCUUUGCUGGUGGAGUGUUCAUGGGGACCUGCAUUCUGGAUCUCUUCCCAGACACUCAGGCCCAGAUCAAAACAGUCCUCAAGCACUACCCAGUCCAAGGUGGCGCCUUCCCUGUGGCCGAAUUUAUAGUUGUCUAUGGCUUCCUCAUGGUCCUUACCAUUGAACAAAUUGUGCUUUGGUUCAAAGAGAAGGACCUGGAAGUUCAAGACCCUGCAACUUCUCGACUACUUUCUGGCUCUGUUGAUUCAGGUCUUCAAGCUCGGCAGUCCCUGCAGCGUGAACACAGCCUAGGAGGGAUAACCGACAGACCUGAUUUCACUGCCUCUGUGCGCUCUAAUAAUUCGGUGUUUUCUGGAAGUGUGUCAUCAUAUGGAGCUAUUGGGAGACCUGCAGAUAGCAUUGAUGUCACCUCAGAAGUGGAAAUACAUAAUCAUGACAUGACAGUCUUGGAAGGUGUAUCUCUGCAUUCACCGCUGCGCUCGAUAAUGCUGCUACUUGCAUUGUCUUUGCACUCAAUAUUUGAAGGCCUUGCUGUUGGAUUGCAAGAAACUAUUAACAAUGUUGUUGCUCUCUUUGUUAUAGUCAUCUUUCACAAAGGCAUCAUUGCAUUCUCAUUGGGUCUCAAUAUGGUCCAGUCUCGCUUAAAUGUAUGCAACAUAGUGCUCAGCAACGUGUUUUUCUGCAUAACUGCGCCCUUGGGUAUUGCUCUGGGUGUUGGUAUCAGCUCCAUGCACGAGUCACCCACUAUUGCCCUCAUCUCUGGAGCUCUGCAAGGUCUGGCAUGUGGCACAUUCCUCUAUGUCACAUUCUUUGAGGUUCUUCCGCACGAGAUGAACACCGGCCACCACAGAUUGUGGAAAAAUGUGUGCGUCAUUGUCGGAUUUUCUGUUGUGUGCGGCAUGAUGUACAUUGACCCAGAGCAAAGAAGUUCGCAUGAUCAAUCUUAUGACCCCAGUACAUUUUUAAAUUCCACAAUUACUCUCUUGUAGGUUUACGGUACUUUAUUAUGUAACAAUAUCUUUAAGUUAUCUAGAAACUUAGGGUACUUCACAAUAGUAAUUAUUAAAUAUAUGAAAUUUAUCAUGACUUUCUGGACAACGUAGUGCUAGAAAUUUUCUCGUUUAAGUUUCUAAAGGCAGUCACUAUUAUCAUCUCCGUUUCUUAGCUUUGCCACAAAUUCUUCAAGACUUUCCCUGCCUCAAUAUUUUUAACAGUCAAGCUUAUUACUCUAUUUCAAGUUUUAAUAAU